AUGAAGAGAAGAUGUAGAAUCGAGGCCUUCACUGCGUGUUUUUUAUUGCUUCACCUUGUGUUGGCCGGAUUUGACCGUGGCGACCGAUACUGGAACGGUCGACCACAGUCCAUCGGGAUAGAUUUCGCGCCCAACUUUGUAACUGCUGUCCUUGCUGAUGGCCCAAAAAACUUCACUCCGCUGGCUCUUGUCCAGCCAGGUCCGGGGCCCAACCCAUACGAAGGGUUUAUGUACGAUGCCUAUAGAGGGAACGUCCUCUUCAGUGAUGGAACGAUAAAUGAAAUUAUCGACAAGGAAUCGAAGUUCGAGCAAUGGUAUCAACAAAUUACUACUUCCGCCAUCUCAUGGCUGAUAGAUCUCAAAAAUCGCUCUUGUUGGAGUGCGGUGCCCCAACUCGGAAACUUCGAUCUGUUCCAGAAAUUCUGCUUCCCGGAACCAGACUUCUACGAAUACUCACCUGUGAAGCCAAUAUCCAGAUUUCGAAGCCUACUUUCCCAAAGACGAUCGUAUCGACUCAGGACCAUGAUGCCGAAAUGGUUUCGAGAUUCUCCGAAAAGAUCGUCCCCCAGACGCGAGUUCAUCUCUGCAACAUUAGAUUUACUCCUAAGGAUCAAAAGCAUAGCACUGAAUGAUUAUAACAUUACCAUCACUUCGGCAGCAAUCUCUAGACCAGGAUGGAUGGGUAAUGGACUUGAAGAUUUAUUUGACGAGGCAUGCUUGUUAGCUGAUAUUGAAACUUUCGAGCAGCCUCGUGGUCGAGCUGAAAUGGGAAGUCGAAUAGUAGAGUUCGUACCAGAAAAGGAUAAUUUGACGGUGGUGGAACAUGGUGCUUAUUGCCUCGAAAUCCAUCGCAUGAGUUACGAUAUGGAAGAAAAGGCAUUCCGGAGGAUCAUGUCAACCACCACACAACUUGGGACAAUGAAUUUAAUCCGCAUUACCCUUAAGACAGUUCUUGGAUAUGAUACGAACCGAUCCUUAGCAGAGGAAGAGCAUCUACGAAGUCUUGAUCAUAGAUUGUUGAUGCAAGAGACGCACUCUGCCAGAUGGAAUAUCAGCCAUAACAAUUCUCAGCAUCCUGAGGUUCCUUUCGAAGAUCGGUAUUUGACACUAGACAGCGCAUAUCCAGUAAUAAUCAAUCUGACUGGCCGCGACAUCAUCGCUGCGGAUGAAGAAUACCGUGAUCUUCUACAAAAAAUGAUCGUUGAUUCCCGAGAAGAUCACCUAGCUCUGCACAGAAACUGGCAGUCUCCUCUUUUGGCAUUCAGAGAUGCAAAUGACUUCAAAGAGCAUUUCGCUUCGAUUAACAAUCAUAAGCGCCACGACAUUUCGCAACCCAAGAGCGACGAUAGGAAACUUCCGGUUGACCAAGUUCUAAUCAUAGACUCUGGAGCGUUGGAACCAUUGGUGUACUCCGCUGCCUCCAGGGCCCUUAACAUCACCCCAUACCCAGACGACGAUACCCAAACAUGUGUUUCAUCCGUUUAUACACCCGCACGAGGCGCGGCGCUGAGAGCUGCGGACUGGGUCACGUAUUAUGAAGCGGAGUUUGGUGGCGUUUCUGGGGGGUAUUAUGAAGUGGACGGAGUUUAUGAGUGGGUGGAGGAUCUGGGACAACUUUGA